CUCCUCCGCACCGACGGAAGCAACCAUAUUCAACACCCGCCCUCCGAUUGCCAUGUCUGACUAAAGACAACGCCAACUCAAUAUGGCCUUCAACUUCAACUGGUCGCCGCUGACGGCCGACGCCGGCUUCUACGAACGGGCACGCGACCUCCUCACGACAGCCUUGAACAAGUCGCCCAAGCCCCCGAUCAUUGUCGAUGACAUCUUCGUGACCGAACUCAACCUUGGCUCCGUGCCGCCCGACCUGGAGAUUUUGGAAAUAGGAGAUUUGGCAGAGGACAGGUUCCGCGGCAUUUUCAAAAUGUGCUAUUCUGGCGACGCCUUCUUGACUUUGGCAACACGAGUGCAGGCGAACCCGCUAAACACGUACAUAUCCGCCAAACCCAGCUUCACGUCACCAGAACCCCUGACGGCAUCGUCAUCGCUUACAAUACCGCUUCAGAUCACCCUGUCCGAGAUCAAGCUGUCGGCCUUCAUCAUCCUAGUUUUCUCCAAGCAAAAGGGCCUCACAAUAGUCUUUCGAAAUGACCCUCUCGAGUCUCUCAAGGUCUCUUCGACCUUCGACUCCAUUCAGUUCGUUAGGGAUUACCUUCAAAAAACCAUCGAGAUGAAGUUGCGAGACCUGAUCAUGGAUGAACUUCCAGCAAUCAUCCAUCGUCUCUCGCUUCAACUGUGGUGCCCGGAUCAGGUUCCAAAGGAGGAUGAGGAAGCCAAGGAGGAAAGUGAUGCGGCGAUAAACCCGCUGGCAACACCACCACUUGACGCUGUGGAUGCGCAUGGCCAUCGUCUGGAUCCUGCCGAGAUUUCGUCACUAUCUCUUGACGGGGGUCCCGAGACACAAUCGUUGUUCUCGCAAAAGAACCUCGAAAAGAUGGAUGCCCUUGCCCGUGCUCACCGUACCUCAUCUCUCCUAACACCAAACAUUCUCGAGGUAGUGUUCAGAGCUUGGGCUGGGCAGUCUGACAAGCCUGAUGCCACAGCUACUCCGGCAUCUACGCCCAACCUCCACCGGACGUCUUCGUACCAGGGAAGUGUCCAUACUUACACUUUCUCAGACAACAGCAGUCAGGCUAGUGGUCACGCUCUAUCCAGGCCGACCUUGGUGAGUAUGGGGUCCGCCACUACGGGCUUGUCUCUGGGCUCUGGUAGGCAUUCCAAGGCGGGCCGCAAGAAGAAGAUGCGGGUCGUCAACCUGCGUAGCAAGACGGCGGCGAGUGAGCCUGUCAGCGAGAUCGGUAGCACCAGCAGCCAAGCUGGCGAUAGCCACUCCGAGGCUUCGACCCGUACACCCAUGUCUGAACCUGUCAUCCCUACAACAAUACGGGAGGUACCAGAAGAUGAUCUGGCUGCAUCCCAGAGCAAGGUGAGGUUCAGGCCUCCCACAGACGCUACUACAUCUGCCAGGGCUUCUGAAUCGUCUGGUCCGCGUGCUGCUGUCCCAAGUGUGCCCGUGACUGCCCAGCCCUCGCGGGCUGCCUCUCCCCAGGAGCAUGUGUAUACUCGCCAGCCUUCCAUGUUCCCUAGCAGCCCAGCUCCACAAACGUCGGCGCAGGAGAUGCCGCCGUCGUAUUCCAGCAGAGUGUCCGAAAAGGCCGAAUCCACUGCGUCAAUCUACGCAGAUGCCAAAGGCCAGCAGCAGCAGUUUCAGCAACAGCAACAACAACAGUGGGGACGUGCUGGUCCUCAGCCAGAUAUGUCCUCGGUGAUUCUUGAGCAAGCUUGGAUCACCAAAAUUGCGGGUGAGAUUGCCCGCCGUGUGUAUGACGAGAAGAACCGCAAUCCUGCUUUUUGGGAGGAGAGCCACCAGCAUGACAUUCCCCCACCGGCUUAUGAACCAAGAUAG